AUGGCAACGGACGCAGGUUCGGGCCCCCCAGACCCUCCGGCGGGAAUCGCGCGGGAGGCGCACGACCCGGCGGCAAACUCCCAGGCUCCGAUGGAGAACUGGGAGGACACGUCCGAGAGCGAGGAGUGCUGGAAGAACCUGGAGAACCUCGAGUCCGCGAUUGAACAAUUCCAGAUCUGCUCCAGACGUAACAUAUCAGAUGAUUUGAAAGUUGGCUUUUUCAGCACAGACCGUGCUACUCAAACGGAUUCCAGUGAAAUUUUGCCAUUAAAAGAGCUAAGCUCAUCUACACAAAAACUAGUGCAGACUAUUAGAUCCCUUCAGGUAGAUUUUGGGUUCCUGAAAGAAUUGCUUCAGUUGAAGUUUGAGGACCGGAUUAAAGAGGAGUCUUUCAAUCUCUUUGCUGUUCUACAUGACAGGAUCCUAACAAUCGAAAGACACUAUCAACAGAAUGAAGAAUUAAUUAGAAAAUGUUGCCAUCAGCAGUUGUCAGAUGCCAUAGCUGUAGUCCGAGGAAUGUACAAGCUAUGGUAUACGCAUGGACAAGGUCACUUGCCCAUGACACCUGAACAAUGGGACCUGAAGCAAUUCUUUGAGGUAGAAGAAGAGAUUCCUUCUAUGCAUGACUUAACUACUGACAAAGUAAAUAUUUUGUUACUAAAACUGAAGGACCAGGAAGAAGUGAUUAAGGAAUUAAAAGCAGAAUUAGAACAUUAUAAAGAAGCUUUGGCAAUGGAGGCCGGCCCUGAGAAGGAACAUUUGGAGUACAAAGUGGAAAACGAGAGACUGCUUCAAGUCAUUGCAGAACUCGAAGAAGUAGCCCAUCUCAAUCUAAAAGAAAGUGCCUUUUUAGAAGAUGAAAUUAUGAAUCUGAAAGAGAUGGCAGAAAAGGAUCAUAGAACCAUUGAAAAGUUAACUGAGGGUAGAGAUAAAUUAAGGGCUGAACUUGAUGCUGAAAAAGUAUUAGUUCAAGAAAUGAUUAGUAAACAUAAAGAAGAAAUGGAAGUGACAAAAAAGUUUGACAUCAUAAGUGGCAAGGUGCUUCCAGAAAGCGUUGAUCUGAAGAGAUCGAGAUCAGUGAAGGGGAAAGAGUCCACAUUGUCGCCAUGGGCCUCACAACCCAGGAUGAAGCCAUCUUCUUUCUCCACCAGUGCAGGGUCUAAGACAAAAAAAGGGAAGACUUCAAGGAAGUCUUUAAAGCAAAAGCACCCUGAGGUUUUACCUGACUUAUCUCUUGAGACACAUGAAGAUGCAGAGGCGAAAAUGUCAGAGGACCAGGUUGAAGAGAAAUAUACUUUGGAGAAGGAAAUAGAAAUGUUAAAGGAAAGUUUAGAGAAUGAAAAAAAGUUGACAGAAAGGUUUAGGAAGGAAACAGAACGGAUAAGCAAAACGUGGGAAAAGAAAUUCCUUAUUCUCAGGAACAGUUUUCAUGUCCUUAAGAAUGAGAUGUUUACUAGGCACACAUUGUACCGUCAGUUUGCAGUGGUUGCUGAUACAUCCUUUAAUUAUGUUCCCGACAGGUCCAAUCUCUGGAGAAGGGGCCGGGCACUGAUGAACUGGCACCGCCGGCAUGAUCUCAACACCGCCACCGGCCUCCUGCAAGUUGGCCUCGGGCACCACGGCCGCUUAUCCUCCCUAGACGCUCCGCAAGGAAGAAAUGAUGUAAAAGCAGAUGCUAGGUGGCUCCUGAGAACCAACGCGAAUAUCGGCAGGACAGGUCCGGAUCCCUGGCCGGCAAGGGCAUCCCACCGCCUGUCUAGAGGGCUGGUCGCAUCCCGGCCCCCCCUACCACCCACGAGACAAAUGCCAGAUGCAGGGCUUACGGCUGGCGAGUGCUGCUGCAGCGGUGCAAGCCCACGGCAGGUGCAGCGGGGCCAGGAUGAGCGGGAGCAGCAGGCAGGAGUGGCAGGCGACAUUGGACUGCGGGUUUCAGCUCGAUCCCCACAGGCCACCCUGAGAGACCCCACCCGUGCAUGAAUUCACGCAUCAGGCCUCUAGUUAUAAAUAA